CUGGAAUAAAAUGCUAAUGGCUGCCAUUUUAUUAACCUUUUAGGCGGGGAGAAGCGAAUUUCACAUUUAUGUGUUAUUGAAACGUUCUCUUCGUAGAUAUGAAAGAUUUUAAAUAGGCUUGGUUAGUAAAAACCAAUAAAGUGAAUGAAACAAGGAAGGGAGACUUAGUUUGAGCAGAAAAUAACCCAAAGGCAGUGUAGGUACAAAAGUGUAGAAGACGGCGGCGACGAAGGCAUGGAAGAUGGUGUAGUUACACCAAUAAUGGCAAACUUCCCUGAAGGGACAGUUGCUGAUGUAAAAAUUAACGGAGAUACCCAUGUUAAGGAAGAAAAAGAAAACAAUGUUGAAGAGUCAAGCUCGGAGAGUGAUGCUUUAGUGAUAGACGAGAGUGUGGCAAAGCCCAAGAUUAAAAAAAAACGUGUUUCGAAAGUAAAGGCAGCAGAGAAUGAGGUGAUAGCUCACUCAAAUCCGUAUUUUAAUGAAUCUCUUUUUGAAUUAAUCACUCAAGACUGUAAUAAAGUGUCAAAAAGUAAAAAAAAGACAAAACCCAAAUUAAGAGAGUAUGCUCAAUAUUUAGGUUUGCAGCCCACAGUACAGUUUAAGUGUUCAAAAUGCGGUUUGGCAGGAUUUGAAUCUUUGUCAUCUUUAAAUGAUCAUGUGGUGCAGUGCAACGAGGUUAGAAAUAUUCAACAAACCCCUUCAGAAAACCCUUGUUCUGGUUUUAAAUUGACUCGAAAAGUGUUUUUGUGCUCUGCAUGUGGAACUUACUAUGAAAAUUGGAACCUAUACAUGCACAUGUUGGAAUUCCACAGGCGCUACAUAUGUUUGUAUUGUUUAGGAAUGUUUUCAAUGCUACAAGAUUUAUGUCAACAUAUACAGUCAAAGCACAAUUUGGAGCCAGGCUUUAAAAACUCCCCAGAUGAAUUUUUCAACACUUACAAUGAACCUUGUUAUUUAGUGUGUUGUGAGUGUAAUAAACAUUUCACCGAGCAGGACAAUUUUUUCUACCAUAAUUGUGAUGUUUCCAAAGGUAAAACUAAAACUGUGGCAGCAAAACCGACGUUAAUUGCACCUGGAAAUCACAUAACAGGUGAGUCAGGAAGUGUAAAUAUUGACAAAACAUUGGCAACAACAAGCACAACACAACAACAAGACUCAACAACAGCAGGUGCAGAAAGUGAGUUGCCAGUUACUGGUAGUGUUAGUGAGGAGAAGCUUGAAAACGAAAGUGAUGUUUCCAAAGAAACAAAUGACUUGAGUGCAAAAGUGACAGUUAAUAAUCAAGAACCAGACCUACAAGUUACUAACAGUACACCAGAAAUGACUGAAGAGAGUAAAAAUAAUGAUAAUGUUGAUGAAAAUAACGAAACAAACAGUCCAGAUUUAAGCAGGGAAAAUGUGGAUGAAGAUGAGAAAAUAGAGGUUGAUGACAAGUCGGAGGAAGAGGUUGAUGUAGAGGAGGACGACGAGGAAGAAAUGGCAGAGAGUCCUGAACCUGUGGAAACUAGAAAGGUUCCCAAACUCUCUCUGAAACUCCCAAAACCCGGCACCUAUCCGGAAAUCGUGAACAACGACGAAGAUGACGAGUACAGCAACGACAGCGACAGACUCGCGAUGGAGCUCGAUCAGAUCGAAAGCGAAAACGAAAAUCCGGACGUGGAGGAAACGGAAGAAGCCGCCCCGGAAGCGACCGUGACGGAAGAAGACGAGCCGGCCGCAGCGCCGGCGGACGAAGCUCCGGAAGCGGAAGCAGCAAAUGACGACGGCGAUAAGCCCGAAGAAGCGGACGACGCGACGUCGUCCAUCCAGGUGGCCGGAAGCGAGGUCGGCAUAAUCGAGCUCGAGCUGGAGCAACCGCUCGACAAGUUCGACAUCCGGUUGCUGCUGCAAAAGUGCCUCAAGGCGACGGUGUCGACGUGCAUCUACUGCAACCACGCGCGCGUGAUCGCCGUGAACGGGAAGCAGCUGGGGCUGCACGCGAUCGCCGAGCACCGAUUCUCCGCGGUGGUGAACAGCAUCACCGCCGAAGAACUGAUCCCCGAGAGCUUCGUGACGCGCAUCAGGGAGUGCCUGCCGGAGCUGGAGGCGGUGUUUUUCAACCUGGAGUCGGACGUGAGCGCCGAGGCGGUCACGUUCUCGCACUCGUUCGAGUGCUUCCAGUGCCACUUCAGCACGUCGGUGCACAAGGAGUUGUACCUGCACAACCGGAAGCUGCACGCGAAAAACCUGCUGCUGUGCAUCAUGUGCAAGUCGAACUUUUUCAGCUACAGCGAGCUGAUUUGCCAUUUGUGCCCGGGAGUGUACGUUUUGGAUUACGAUUUGCAGUUUCGGUGUUGUUUGUGCGUGAGCGACGAUUUGCCCUCGGCGUUUCGUCUCAUGGUGCAUUUGCGUAAGAGACACCACGUGUGCGACGUGUGCUUGGAGAUGUGCCACAACCAGUACCGGUUGUCGAACCACGUGUGGAAGCACAAAUUGCACCACUUCUGCUAUCGGUGCGGAAUCGCGUACCGCAACAAGCCCGACAUCACUCGGCAUCUUUUCUGGAAGCACGGCACCGAGAGCGUGCUGUGCAAAAAGUGCCUGCAGAAGAAGUGGCCGCACGUGUACCACUUUUGCGUGCCGCCGGCGUUUUUCACGUGCGAAGAGUGCUCGCUCACUUUUUCCAAAGCCGUGGCCCUUAAAGUGCACAAACGACUGCACGCCGACGUGAAACCGCACGCGUGCACUUUCGAGGACUGCACCGAGAAGUUCAUAUCGAAAAAGUUGGUGCGGAAACACGAGGACCGACAUCGGGCGCCGCCGGAAGAAGCGAAGGAAGAAAAACCGGAGACGGAGGAGGUGGCGGAGAAGGAGGAGGAAAAGAAGGUCGAAGCGGUGGAAGAGAAGGUCGAGGAAAAGCCGAAACCCAAAAUCGACGUUUACGAUCUGCCCGCUCUGAAUCUUUCCGAGAGCGACAGCAGCGAAUCGGAAGCCGAGGUGGAGAAGAGCAAGCCGAUUACGCCGACUGCGACGGAGGAGGAGGAAAAACCGAUAAACGACGAAACCGCGGCGGAAAUCGUCGACGAAAUUGACGGAAUUAAUGUUGACAAUGAGUUGGUGCGAGAAGAACAGGUGGUGGUGAAGGGUGAAGUCGAGGAGGAACCGGAAAAACCCACGCCGAUAAUCGAGAACAUUUGGGAGGAUUUCAAAAAUUAUCAGGCCAACAAAGACAAGCUCGAUCAAAUAUUCGUGGAAUCGACCGUUGUGGAGGAGAUAAAAGUGGAAGAGGAGGAGAAAAAACCGGAGGAAAUGAGCGCGGAAGCCGCUCUGCGAGACCACGACUACUGCAUCGAUCCCGAACGUAAGCCCGACGCCAGUAUAAUCGAAGUGAAGCCGGAUUUGACGCUCACGGAGCGAAUGGACCACGACUAUUGCACUCCGAAGAGCGAAGGAGAAGACAAAAAGGAACAAGAGGUGGAAGGGAACACGCGACCGGGUGGCAGAACGGCGACGGCCGACAAGAGUUCGAGCGAUUCGAGCAGCGACAGCGACAGUUCGUGCUCGUGCGGUUCGAACUGUUCGUGCUCGAGUUCGAGCGGGGGUUCCCCUUCCUCGAGCACCUCGGACAGCUCGGGUUCGGACUCGUCGACGGCCGAGGGCAGACGGAGACAGAUCGAGAGGCGGGCGCGACGCAAGCUGAAAUCCAAGGCGGACAGCAGGAAAGCGGCGGCUGCGGCGGCAUCGAAAACCGCCGCCGUCUCGACCGAGCAGGCGGCGGCGGCGCGGCCUCAGCCUGCCGCGGUGGCGCCCAUCGAAACCCCCAUCCUCGAGUCCGAUUUGGAGACGACCGAGAGCGAGACGGACGAAGAGUUCUACGACAGGCAGCCGCACAAGCUGGCCAAGAAGGUGUUUGAGGAGAAGCGGAACCAGCUGAUCGCGGAGGCGGGCAGCGGCGGCUUCGUGGAGAGCACGAGCCGGCCGCCGACGCCGCCGCCCGAGGAGGAGGCGCCGCCGCCGAGGCAGAAGAAGAAGUCCAAGUCGAAGAAGCGCAAGAAGAAGAAGAGCGAGAAGCGCACGCACGAGAUCGUUCGGAAGCAGUACGAGGCUUGCGGCACGCCGACGGUGGCGCCGAUCACUCUCUCGUUGACUCCGGCGGCCGCCUACUGCACUCUGACUCCCGGAGGCGGGGCCGCCCUGGAUUCCACCCCGCUGAACGAUGCCGUGCGCCGCAGGGACUCGACCGAUUCGAGUUCGAACCUGCGCGCGUCCAAGAGACGCCGCGUGCCCAACAAAUUCUACGGCUACUCGAGCGACGAGGAGGACAAGGACAAGUCGGCCAACGCUCAUAUGCAAAAGUGGAGAAAAACGGAGAACGCGACUACGCCAAGGUCGCCCAUGGUAGUGCCGCCUAUCACGAUAAAAACGGUGUCGACGCCGAUGCGCGCCGCUCCCGUGACCCAUCACGUGCCGCCUCCGCCCGCGCACCCCCCAAUCGAACCGAUCUCGAUCUCGCGCAGCGGAGGCGGCGUCCGCAUCCAGCGGCGCAUGCCGCCCAUCCGGCUGCUGCCGCCGCGCCAGCAGACCGAGGAGAGCGGCACAGACUCGAACGACAGCGACGACGAGGAGGAGCCCGAGGAGGAGGUGGCGCGGAUGCCGCCUCCCGGCGUGGCGCCGCCGCCGAACCAACCGCCGCAGCUCUACUGCUACUGUCGCUGUCCGUACGACGAGGUUUCCGAGAUGAUCGGCUGCGAUUCCAGCGACUGCGCCAUCGAGUGGUUCCACUUCGAGUGCGUCGGCAUCAUGGUGCCCCCCAAGGGCCAGUGGUUUUGCCCCGACUGCCGGAAAAAGAAGCAGAUGCGCAGGGAGCUGCUGCAAGCCUCCUCCUAAGCUAAACAAUCGUCAUCGACAUUUUUUCAUCGUGCUGCCACUUACGUUAAUCAUGAUUAAUAACAACAAUAAUUAUUGUUGUUGCAACGAAAUAUAAUUUGAACGUCAAUUAGGUAAGUUAAUUAGGCUGGUAAAUUACCUUUCCAAAGCUAAAUUUUAAUUUUAAAUGCGGUACUAAUCGUAUAAAUAUUUAGUACCAAUUAUGAUGUAGUUGCUGAGAUUUAAAUGUGGUUAAUUUUUAAUGUGGUACCCAAUUUUUAUCAUAACUAUAUUCCUAAAAUUGCUAUUUAAUUGGCUUAAUAACAUUGUUUCUAAAAUUUUUUAAUUUCUGUUACCCACAUUUAAAUCUGCGCACCGGUAAUUGAAACUUUUUCAUUGUUUUUAAGCGCUUCCGCAAAUCUUUAUUUCAAGUUAUAAUUUUAUAUGAAUUUGAUGAUAAAUUAUUGCCCUUCAGUUUUUUCAUGUUGAGGCUUAAUGAUAUACUUUUUGUUCCAUUUUUAUUACAUUAUUUAGAACUAUUACGACAGUGUUUUAAUUUUUAACUGUUUUUAAAAAAAUUGUCCGUCGCAUUUUUACAUUUUUUUGUUUUUGCACGUAUCUGAGGUUCCAUAGAUAACAACACACUAACUGCCUAUUAAUUUUUUUUGUUACUGUUAUUUUUAAAACCCAUUAUUAUUAAUUAAUGAUUAAUUUAUUGAGGACAUGUUUUAUUUUCAUGUUGUAUAUUAAUUCGAAUUAUUUUUGUUAAUUUUUUAAAACUGGUGACAGCAGUUACGUUCCCUUGUAAAUAAACCGAUGAUGAUUAUUAAUAUUUUUAAGCAUGUACCUGUAUAUAAAAACCUAGCUAAAUAGACGUAGAAUUAAAUUAACCACUUAAAAAUUGUGAUUUUUACAGACGUGCGCGUUCGACUCGAUCGCAAUUUUGAAAAAGGUUCGGGCAAAGAAUUUUGUGAUGGAGUCGAAUGUGUUUUAUAGACUAAGUCAUUUUCCUUUCACUUUCAUCCUUGAAUGUAAUUAUAUGAUAAGAUUUGCCAAAUUAGUCUUGUAAAUGUGUACAUAUUUUUUAUCGAGUGAUGAUGAUAAUCUCGCCGCUCUGCAGCAGAUGAUAUUUUUUUCAAAACAAAUGUUUAGAACAUUGUUAGAUCUGAAAUACUCUACUUGUAUUAAUUUCAGCUAAUUUUCCAUGUAUUAUAAAUGUACAUUUUUUCUGAUAUUGUGUCAAUAAAUUGUAUCAGAUUUAAGCCUUGUCCUUUUCUUCACACACCUAUUUUAUCAUCUAUUUCUUAAAGGUUUAUUUAACUACACU